UGGUUAGUUCGCGCGAGUUUCCUGUCCCCGGGACGCGGGUUGCUGCCUCAGCCCCAGUGCGGCGGGUGGGCGGAGAGCUGGGGUGUGGCCCCAGCCGCAGACUUCCACCCUCCCGGGCGGGCUGCACAUGGCAUUAGGUCUAACAGCUGGAAAAGCUGCCCCCGGGCACUGAGGGCCCUGGGAAAGGUGAGUCAGCCCCGUAGGGCAGGGCCCUGGAUCCGGAUCAGCAGCUGGAGUAGAGGCGCCCCAUCCCCCAUGUCACCUGGAGAAAUACUGGACCCGCUUCCUGACACCUUCAUCCUGCAGCCGCCAGUCUUCCACCCGGUGGUUCCUUAUGUCACAACGAUUUUUGGUGGCUUACGCGCAGGCAAGAUGGUCAUGUUGCAGGGAGAGGUCCCUCUAGACGCACGCAGGUUCCAGGUGGACUUCCAGUGCGGCUGCAGCCUGCAUCCCCGGCCAGAUAUCGCCAUCCACUUCAACCCGCGCUUCCACACCACCAAGCCCCACGUCAUCUGCAACACCCUGCACCACGGGCGCUGGCAGGCUGAGGCCCGGUGGCCCCGCCUGGCCCUGCAGAGGGGAGGCGGCUUCCUCAUCCUCUUCCUCUUUGGAAAUGAGGAAAUGAAGGUGAGCGUGAACGGACAGCACUUCCUCCACUUCCGCUACCGGCUCCCGCUGUCCCGUGUGGACACGCUGGGCAUAUUUGGGGACAUCGUGGUGCAGGCUGUUGGAUUCCUGAACAUCAACCCAUUUUCAGAGGGCAGCAGCGAGUAUCCUGUUGGGCACCCUUUCCUGCCUGGGAGCCCCGGGCUGGAGGUGCCCUGCUCACACCCCCUCCCCCAGGGGCUCUGGCCGGGACAGGUCAUCGUGCUGCGGGGGCUGGUCUUGCCGGAGCCCAAGGAUUUCACGCUGCGCCUGCUGGAUGAGGCUGCUCGGGCUCCUGUGACGCUCAGGGCUUCCUUUGCGGACAGAACACUGGCUUGGGUCUCACCCUGGGGACAGAAGAGGCUGAUCUCGGCCCCCUUCCUAUUCUACCCCCAGCGAUUCUUUGAGGUGCUGCUCCUGUGCCAGGAGGGAGGGCUGAAGCUGGCGCUCAAUGGGCAGGCCCUGGGGGCCACCGCACUGGGCCAGCAGGCCCUGGAGCGGCUGCGGGAGCUUCGCGUCAGUGGCAGCGUCCAGCUGUACUGUGUGCACCACUGAGGGAGGGACCCAGACCCAGCCCACACCCAGGGCCCCACGGUCUGGCCUCUGGCCCUCAUCCAAGUGUCUGGAGCCCUGAGCAGAGUCUGCGGGGGCUUCGGGCCCCAGGGCGGAGGGCAGGCCCAGGGCACGCAGGCUCCUCCAGCUCUGGACCGCCCUCCACCAGGACCCAGGGCCGGGCCCUGUCUUCUUCCAGGGCCUAGACAAGGAGGCGG